UAAUCAAGUUUUCAAGUAUGACAGUUGACACUUUACUGACAUUGACAGUGCAGUGCCUGAUCGAUCUCAAAGUAGGACGAGCACGGCUCACGGCUGAUUAAUACAAUAAUACAACAAAAUUAACUUCCUCGGACGGUUUGGUUGAAAUUUGGUCAGACGCGUCUGGCUGGUAUCCGACAUGAAGUUCGAGGAGACAGCGCUGCAGCGGGAUUGGGAGAUCAGUAAGGAGCAAUCGUGUGUUGACGUGGCGGACGAUGACGCAACACCAUCGGAUGCGGCUCUGGGCGCGCUGCUGGAGGACGCGGAGCCGAGCGACGCCGACGCCGAGCGGCGCGUGCGGCGCCUCGGCAGCCGCCUGGCGCGCCUCGACGCGCUCAACGUGGCCGGCAUGCUGGCCGCCGCCACCGAGAGCGGCGGCGCCGGGGCCGCGCUGGCCGAGCGCCUGGGCGACGGGCUGGGCGCGGGCGCGGCGCUGGCGGCGCGGCUGCGGCGCUACGACGCGCUGGCUGCGCCCCGCGCCGCCGCGCGCUCCGACGCCGCGCGCGCCGACACCAACGCGCGCCGCCUGCUGGCCGAACUGGCGGCGCUGUUCGCGUGGCUGGGCGGCGCGCUGCGCGAGCUGGACGCGCUGGCCGAGGUGUCGCUGGGCGCCGAGGGCGCGCGCGCGCUGGCGGCGGCCGAGGCGCUGCGGGCGGCGCUGCGGGCCGAGGCCGCCGCGCCCGCCGCGCUGCGCCGCCUGGCCGCCGUGCGCGAGCGCCUGCGCCGCCUAGCACGCGCCAAGGACCAGCUGGCGGCGGCGCUGGCGCGGCACCUGAACAACGCGCUCAUCCACCUCGGCAACGAGGCGGGCGAGGCGCGCGCGUCCCGCCACCACGCCGAGCUGCUGCCCUACGCGCCCUUCAUGCGCUGGCUCAAGGACAUGGACGACAAGGCGUUCGAGGGCCUGGCGCGCGUGUACACCGGCACGUGGGCGCGGCGCCACGAGCGCGAGCUGCGCGCCGCCUGCGACGCCGCCCGCGCCGCGCUGGCGCAGGCGCCGCCCGACCGCGCGGACGAGCCGCUCGACGCCGUGCUGAGUCUGGUGGAGAGCAUGUGCAACGCGGAACAAGAUUUUUGUACGCAAUUCUUCUUCUUGGACAUAGACGUCAAGGGCGAGGCGGGCGAGGCGGAGGCGGAGCGCGGGGAGGCGCGGCGCGCGGGCGCGGAGACGCGGCGCUUCAUGUGCGAGCUGUUCCCCGCGCUGGAGAGCGAGCUGGUGGCGCUGGUGGCGCACGUGGAGCGGCACGACCCCUACGGCGCGAUGCGGGCGCUGGCGUGCGUGGGGCGGCGCGUGCUGGGCGCGGCGGAGGGCGGCGCGGGGGGCGGCGCGGGGGGCGAGGCGCGCUGGGCGCGGGCGGCGCUGGCGGGCGUGGCCGUGGCGGCCAAGCGCGGCGCCGACCGCUGCGUGGCCGACCGACUCGCCGCACUGCCGGACGCCGUCAAGCAGGCCGCUAAGAAGCCCAAGUGCGGCCUGCUGAGCUUCCUGCAGGAGCUGGAGGAGCUGAGCGGCGCGUGCGAGCGCAUCUUCGUGUCGAGCGGGCGGCGCGCCGACCUGGACCGCUGGUACGUGUCGCUGGCCAGCGCCAUGCUGCAGGCAGUGCAGCACGCCGAGCACCCGCGCACCCCGCGAGCCGUGCUGCACAUGGAGAACUACCACCGGCUGCACGCGGUGCUGUCGGCGCUGCGCGUGCCGGCGCUGGAGGCGCUGCGGCGCGAGUGCCGCUCGCGCUACUCGGACGCGCUGCGGGCGUACGUCACGCAGUACUUCGGUCGCCCGCUAGAGAAACUCACGCAGUUCUUCGAGGGCGUGUCGGAGGCGGUGGCGCAGGGCGUCCGCGAGGACGAGGUGUGCUACCGCGCCGCCUUCAGCAAGCACGAGCUGCGGCGCGUGCUCGCCAUGUACCCCGCGCACGAGGUGCGCAAGUCGCUGCACCGGCUGUACCGCACCGUGGAGAAGCACCUGAGCGAGGAGGGCGGGCUGCUGCAGGUGGUGUGGCGCGCCAUGCAGGAGGAGUUCAUCGCGCAGCACGUGGCGCUGCAGGCGCGCAUCGCCGCCUGCUACCCCGCCGCCGGCCUGGCGCUGCCGCUCACCACGCAGCACAUCCUCGACGCCUUCUCCGACAUCGCGCGCGAGCACUGAGCCGCACGACACACUACCCCAGUACUUAGCCCUAUUUAUUGCGACCCUGUUUGUUUACAUUGUAUUUGGCUGCAGACAAUUUUCGCCCGUGCGCGAUAAUGCCAAUGAGGAUAUUCCUCACGUUUGUUCUUGUAUCUAUAGGCAAUUGUAUACCUAAGUAUUAUAAAUGCAUAAUAAAAUAUUUUAUAUUUGCUAACGUUA